AUGAAGUUUACCUCUGUCGCUACCUUUGCUUUCUUGACUACCUCUGCCCUCGUUGGCGCUGCUCCUGUCGACGACAACUUGGCUGGCGGCCUCGCUCUCUCAAGACGUGAGUUGGACGCCAUGGACUCUGAUUUCGUGGAGAUGGUUGUCCGGGAGUUGAUGAACGGUGCCUCGGAGGAGGAGUUGCACAAGAGAUUUGAGAUCUCUGAGGGCCAGAAGGAGUUCAUGAAGAAGCUCUUUGACUUGUUCAAGAAGUUUUUGUCUGGGUUCAUGAAAAAGCCAGGCUCGUCGUCUAAUGCUGGCGGCUCUGCAACUGCCACGCCCACUGCUCCUGGCACUAAGACCACUGCCAGUGCCACUGCUGUCGACACUAAUGUGCCUGCCGACACUGGCAUUGAUCUUGGAGGAGCUGGCGGAGGCGCUCCUACUGGCGGUGCCGCUCCUACUGGCGGUUCUUCUGGCAGCGGUGCUCUUGGGGCCUUGUUGAAUGGAUCGUAG